AUGCCGCCUUCACCGCCCACGACGCCGCCAUCGCCAGAGUCGUUGAAGCAAUGGUGGAAGCGGUUUAAGAUUGUUCAAGCAUGGCGCACGACACCGCCCGCGACAUCGUCACCUGGCAAGUCUCCACUCCGCCUUGGCACCGAAAUCGAGGGCAUCUUUCGAAUAAACGGCUCAAAUAGACGGAUGCGCGAACUGCAAAUCAUAUUCGAGACACCGCCCAGAUACGGCAAAAACAUCCAAUGGGACGACUAUUCGUUUACACCACACGACGUAGCGUCCAUCUUUCGACGAUUCCUGACGCAAAUGCCGGAGCCGAUCGUUCCUCAUUCACUCUAUAACGACUUUCGAAACGCAUAUUCCAAAAAACCAUUCAACAAAGAGGAGCUGAUUGGCACAUACAAGCGGUUAAUUGGUCGGCUACCGUUGGCGAACCAGUACCUAUUAUUGUAUGUGUUGGAUCUGCUGACCGUGUUUGCGAGACGGUCAGACGUGAACAAGAUGACAGCGACAAAUUUGGCUGUCAUCUUUCGACCCGCCGUGCUCAACCACCCGGAUUAUGAAAUGUCACCAGAGCACCAUAAACAGAGUCAAGAGGUACUCGAGUUUUUAAUUGAGAACCAAGACUGGUUCAUGCUCGACAUUCCGCCUCCACCACGAAAAGACUCGAUAUUGGUGACCAAGACGGAGAAGAAUGGGCUGUCAUCACGAGCCAGGAAUCCGUUUAGCUCGCUCCUGAAUCAAAGCACACUACCGACGGCGGAACCAGAAGAUUUGGGCCUGUACGUCGGACCAGUAUCGGACGAAGAGGACGAAGGCGGCUGGAAGUUUGCUGGAUCACUCAAUGGAGCGAGUGUUGGGCGAAGACGAACGUUUUCAGAGCGGGGAUCGCCACGACCAGGCAUUGAAGCAGACGAACAAGGAGGGCGAGCCCGGACGGGAGCAGAUGCACGACGGUCGGCGGAAAACAUUUCGAGUUCAGCGCCAGUGGGAACGACGAGUGCCCUCAAGGCGGCGAUAGGUCUUGGAGGGGCAGGAGGGGGACCUCCAGCAUUGGCUCCAGUACGAGAAGCGAGUUCUGGAGAGGUGCCAACCGUGACCAAGGGCACAGGUGCGGCUGCGAUGGGGACGGAGAUGGCGGCGGUGGCUACUGCGGAAAACGGAACCGGGGAAGGGAUUCCGAGUGGGGUGGGGGUGGGGGUUGGCAAGAGCGCAUCUGGGAGCGUGGAAGGAAGCACCGAGGGUGGUGGAUCUCAAGGACGACAUGCAAAGUUUGACGAUCAGCAGUUGGCCAAACACGAGGAGACGCGACGAGGCCGGAGUGCAAAGAGCGGGGGCAUUUUUGGAGCCGUACGCCGGAGUCGGACAGCGGACGGGGGGCCUGGAGGAGGGCCUGGAGGUCUCGGAGGCAGACAACUUCUCAAGAAGCGCAAUUCAAAGGGUGAAGUCGAGCGGGUAGACCGAUGA